AUCCAAAACCAUUAAAAUAACUAUUAGAUGCUAAACAAGAAUUUUCACCAUAUGUGUUGAGUGUUGUGUUGAACUUCUAAAAACCACAUAUACAUCAUUAUUAUUCAAGCCCCACCAUCCUAUAUUCCUAUUCAUCACACACACUUGCUCUAUUUUUUAUACUUAAUUGAAAAUUACGACCUUCUUUCCCUGUCCACGCGCGCACACGCCCCGCCCGCCAUUAAAUAAUGGAAACCAAAACGGAUCUCAACAUAUAAAACCGCAAUUCUUCACAAACAUUUUCGGAAAGUGAUACCAAAUCAAUCCGACACCCAAAUUAAGGAAUCCUCCGACAGCAGGCAGCAGGUAUGGCCGACGCGUAUUUGUCCCGCGGCCCGGCGGUGCCGGACUGGCUGAACAAAGGCGACAACGCGUGGCAGAUGACGGCGGCGACGCUGGUGGGCCUCCAGUCCAUGCCGGGGCUGGUGAUUCUCUACGCCAGCAUCGUGAAGAAGAAGUGGGCCGUCAACUCCGCCUUCAUGGCGCUCUACGCCUUCGCCGCCGUCUUAAUCUGCUGGGUCCUCGUCGCCUUCCGCCUCGCCUUCGGCCGCGAGCUCCUCCCCUUCUGGGGCAGAGGCGGCCCCGCCCUCGACCAACAGUACCUAACCGGACGCGCCGCCGUGCGUGAGAGCGAGCACUACUACGCAGACGGCAGUGUGGAGACGAAGAUGAAUCAACCCUUUUUCCCGAUGGCGACGCUCGUCUAUUUUCAGUUCACUUUCGCGGCGAUCACGACGAUCUUGCUGGCCGGCUCCGUGUUGGGGCGGAUGAACAUCAAGGCGUGGAUGGCGUUCGUUCCGCUCUGGCUCAUCUUCUGCUACACCGUCGGCACCUACAGCCUCUGGGGCGGCGGCUUCCUCUUCCACUGGGGCGUCAUCGACUACUCCGGCGGCUACGUCAUCCACCUCGCCUCCGGCAUCUCCGGUUUCACCGCUGCUUAUUGGGUGGGGCCUCGGUUGAAGGCCGACCGGGAGAGGUACGUGCCCAAUAACAUACUGCUGAUGCUCGCCGGAGCUGGGUUGCUGUGGAUGGGGUGGUCGGGGUUCAACGGCGGGGCGCCGUACGCGGCCAAUAUGGUGUCGUCGGUGGCGAUUUUGAACACGAAUAUAUCGGCGGCGACAAGCCUCCUCGUUUGGACAUCGCUUGAUGUUUUCUAUUUUGGGAAACCUUCCGUCAUCGGAGCUGUGCAGGGAAUGAUCACCGGCCUCGCCUGCAUUACACCCGGUGCAGGAGUGGUGCAAUCGUGGGCGGCUAUUGUUUAUGGAAUUCUUUCUGGUAGCAUACCCUGGUACUCGAUGAUGAUUCUGCAUAAAAAGUCUACUUUGCUACAAAAGGUGGAUGAUACACUAGCCGUGUUCUACACCCACGCCGUGGCCGGAAUCCUUGGCGGCCUCCUAACGGGGCUGCUAGCGCACCCCACACUCUGCAGCAUGAUUCUGCCGGUGAAGGGCACCAAGGGCGCUUUCUACGGCGGCGGAGCUUUGUUCGGCAAGCAAUUGGUUGCAGCACUGUUUAUCAUUGGCUGGAACUUCAUAGCCACCACAGUUAUUCUUCUACUGAUCAGACUAGUGAUUCCGCUGCGGAUGCCGGAGGAGCAUCUCAUGAUCGGAGACGACGCUGUCCACGGCGAGGAGGCCUAUGCCUUGUGGGGCGAUGGUGAGAAAUACGACUCUGCAAGACACGGCUGGCACAACCCGUCUCACCCAGAGGAGUUGGGCCAAAUCGGCCACUUCAAUGGAGCCAGGGGAGUCACUAUAGAUUUAUGAGUCAUUUUCAUUCUUCUUGUAGGUGUUACUUUUUCCACUCGUAGAUAUGAUUUGUUUUGUACACAGUAGAGUUGUGUAAUGUAGAUACAUUUCUUGUUCGUAUCUAUAUCCCACUACUGCAUGCGAGAUCCUCUGUUAUUAAUCAUGUUACAGCCUCGUGGCUUUUUGGAUGCUA